CUGUCAUCUAAGCGAGAACGACUGCGUUGCACUGUGUUAAGCUCGAGAUGCUUGUGUUCGUUGAAUAUGAAGUGGACAUGACCACUGUGGUUGUCAGGCACACCGCAGUGCAAAACUUUAACCCAGAGAAUGUCGUGGAUUUCGAUCCUGUUGUCCUCUACGACGUGUGGUGGAACGGCGAUGCGACAGAGUGCUGCACAUGGCUGAAACUGAAGAAAUGGUGCUGCACACGUCGAAAAGGCUCAGAAAGAUGUCCUUAGAAAAGGGCAAGAGCACCAAAGGAAUUAUAACUGCCAUGGCCUCUAUGGCACCUUCGUCACAGGAGCAUGCUGACAUGGACAUAUUCACUGGAGAGGCCAUCGAUGUUGUCAUCGGAUUUUCAAGAGAUGACGGAAAGGUAACUUUAAAAGUCAUAGAACUGUUUUUUAAGGAUCGAUGUUACAUUUACGUUCUGAAAGGGCUCAUACACUUCAGAGUGGGGAAAGAAACUCAGCUAUGUCCCUUUUGUUUUUCCUUUAUGGAUGGAAGCUCAUUGAUGUCCCUUCCACAAGUAACAUCUGGAUGA